AUGAUCGAGUUGCUUGUAGAAGGCCGUGAGGAGUUUAUGGUUGAAGUCUCCGACGGCGACAUGGAAGUGGUUCUCGACAUGUCAAAUGGCGCGCGCUUCGGACCGGAUCUGGUGGCAAGUCUGCAGGAGGGGUGGCUCGGCGAGGGUUCUUGGUGUGAUUUUGAUGCUGUCAGAGACGAGUACAUUGCGGUAGAUUUUAUUGCGAAGCUCGGCUGGCAGCUCGAGGAGCCUGAACAGUCUACAUCGAGGCGCAUCUUGGGAGUCGGAAGUGUUGGUGGUCGACAUCGUAAGGUGUAG